GCGGCUACGGGCUAGCCAUUGUCAAGCUUAGAUGAUUCAUACUCGUAUAGUAACUUGAGUGAUCUAGCAUUAUCAUAAUAGCUCAGUUUCAUAUUGGCAGUGGAGUAGUGCACACCUAUAAAGAUGCGAAGACUUGAGACAAUUAAUUUGCAAAAAGUUGAUUAAUCGCGCGUAAAUAGUGUCAAGUCAGUUGAAAUUUUUACAAAAUGAGUCGAAAUAGCGGCGAACGCAACCAUAAUCGCGAAGAAAAUAAAAAACUCGUUAACUUGGUAGAGCCGCAUCCACAGUUGUACGAUAGGGCUCAUGAUCGUUAUGGUAAAACAAAUGCUGUAGAUGAAGCUUGGAGCAAAAUAGGCCAAAUGUGGGGGAAGCCAGGUGAGUUUGGUACCUUUGGUGAUGUCACAAAACCGUCAAUGAAUUUGCAAUACAAAUUGUUGGCGCGAUUUCAGCAAACGCGCCACUUGCCAACUCAACAAUUUAUAAAUGCGGUGAAGAAGGAUAGCACAGUGCCUGAAUGCAAGGAACGCUGGCGAAAUAUACGCGCCGCCUACGCACGCUCCAUUGACGCCUACAAGACAAAGCGUGGACCGAACCGUGGUAAGCAGUACUAUUUAGCGAAGGAGAUGGAAUUUUUUAAACCCCACCUACUAAAAGAAGCGGCUGCAAUUGACACAGCAACAGCCGAACCUUUACUAACUGAAUACGCAUCGCAAGCAGCGCUAAAUAAUGACCACAAUAAUGAGAUUAAUAACUCAGCAGCGGACGCAAAUGAAAACGACGUCCAUAAUAUGAAUAAUACACACGCUGAUGAAACUUUUGCGCUGGUGAUGCCUUUAAUUGACAAAAUGGACGAACAGAGUUUGCGUGAUUUGCAGCAAAUCAUUGAACAGAAACUGAGACAAACUGUUGCUGUAGAAAGUAAUAAUGACAACGAGUUGUCUGUACCCAUGCAACAGUUACCACUGCAGUCGAUCAAGCAGGAACCAGAGUUAUCGCUAUGACUCUUUAAAGUAUUACAUAUAUAUAAACCUUGUUCACCUUGGGAUCGGUACUAACAAUCGUAGUAAUUUUGCACUGAAAUUUAACUGUAUUCACAAUUAACACCAACAACGUACAAAACCCGCCUAAUACAGCAUAAAGUGCGUCAGUGCGUAUACAUAACCUCAGGAGGGAAACUCACCAGCGUUGGCCAGCAUUACAAAGAAUGAAAUUCAUUUUAUUUUAGCCCGCCAAAUACAGCAUAAAGUGCGUCAGUGCGUAUACAUAACCUCAGGAGAGAAACUCACCAGCGUUGGCCAGCAUUACAAAGAAUGAAAUUUAGUUUUGAAUUUCGUCAUAUUUUAAGCGUUAUGAGUUAACAGCAGGCAACAAAAAAAAAAAACGCUUUUGUGAAAUUCUGUUUCUCACUUAUAAAUAAAUUUGUUUCUAAAAAGUA